AUGAUAUGGCCCACCCCAGUGAUAUAUUUGAAUAGUUAUUAUCUGCCGCCGGUGUUCAAUGUAUUAUUCGGUCAGGUGCUCGGUUGGUUCGCCGGCAUCAUGGCCGGUUUAUCGCAAUUGUUGCUCACUAGCAAUCGAGCAUUCGCCGUAUACUUUCCCGGACAUUUCUCGAAACACUAUAAGCAUAAUCCGACAAAUAUAGCAAUUUGUGUUGUAGUUGCAAUUGCUACCUUAAUUGGAGUUGGCGGAAAUAAAGACGGUUGCCAUUUUCUCUUCCGACUUGAGCUUCUCUCAUGGGCUCCAGAAGAUUUUCCGUGCGCCAGGACCCUUUCCAACAUUUUCGUCUAUGUCGUUCUUUUUGUUUCAUUCAUCUCGAAUAUGCUCAAUAUUGCGACGUUGAUGAAAUUGAUAACAGAUUCCGCUCGCCUCAGUUUAAGUCGAGUUGAGCACAAUCGUCGAAGCUCGCGACGUCGUGUCAUGUUCAUUCAAAACGUUUUUCAAGAAUUCCUGAUGCUUAUUGAUAAUUUGAAUCGAACACUGGUUUUUCGUCUCUUCGACGCUUAUUGGUUUCAAUUUUGCUGCUCUUGCAUAUCAAUGGUGCUCACGAGAUUCUUAGAAGGUCUUGUGAUGGUUUUCGUCAACGAUCGUAUGCGCGUACCGGCCAAACGACUUCUAAGAAUUCAGCGAGCCAAAAGUGCGAACAUUACGACUAUGCAGAAACUUUCAACGCUUUUCCGUUUCGGAUCGAGACUCACCGAAACCGCCGCAAGAUUCCAGAAGCCAUCAAUGAUGAAUUUCGCGCAAGCGGCGAGAUACAGUUCCGGCUACAUUUUCGACGUCGACACCGCCGAGGAUUUCAGCGAAAAAGUCAUCAAUUCCGAUGUUCCAGUGAUAGCCGAUUUUCAUGCCGAAUGGUGCGGGCCAUGCCAGGCACUUGGUCCGAGGCUCGAGGAAAAGAUAAACGGUCGAAACGGUCAAGUUCUUCUCGCCAAAAUCAACGUCGACAAUGCCGGAGAGAUCGCGAUGGAUUAUGGAAUCACCGCGGUUCCAACGAUUUUCGCUUUUAAGAACGGCGAGAAAAUUGGCGGCUUCAGCGGUGUGCUCGACGACGAACAACUCGAUGAGUUCCUCGAUCAAGUCACCGCCUAA